AUGGAAGUAAUGGAAGAACCAGUAAGUGCUACUUCAUCUACUCUUCAAAAUAAAAGAGACAGCCAAAAAAGAUACAGGGAAAAGAACAGAGAAAAAUUGAGACAGCGUGAAGCGGAAAGAAGGAGACGUCUACAGAAUGCAGAAAGUAUUAUAGAAUUAUAUACUUCUCCAAAUAUAGAAAAUAUAGAAAUAAUUACGGAACCAAUAAUCGUGAUAGAUGAAGUAAGUACAAAUCCUCGAAAUUUAACUGGUUUGGGAGAAAUGGAGCAUGAAGUGUUUGACAUACCACAGCAAAAUUUAACUAACCCAUCAAGCGCAAAUAUUGCCAAAAUUCCGAAUAACUAUAGUCAAUUUAGACACCAUAGAACAGCUCAUGAAUAUUUCAUCAGUAACUUUAAAAAUAAUGAAUUUGGACAUCCUUGUUCAAUUUGUGAUCGACUUUGGUUUGAAAAAGAUUUAAAGAAACCAUCUACAUCUGGAACUAUAAUUAAUACAAUAGCCAAUGUGGAAAAUGUGGAUUCCCUUAAAAUUUGCUCUACUUGUAAAUCAGCAUUAGACAAAGAAAAGAUUCCUAUCUUGUCAGUUUAUAAUGGAUUUCAUUACCCAAAAAUACCACAGCAUUUACCAAAAAUCGAUUUCAUCACUGAAAGGCUUAUUUCUCCACGAAUUCCUUUCAUGCAAAUAAGAAGAUUAAGACACGUUCAAGGACAAUUCGGUAUAUACGGACAAAUUAUCAAUGUUCCUGUUGUUGUUGAUACAAUGGCACGAUCACUUCCAAGAAAUGUCAAUGAUGAACAUUGCAUUUAUGUACACAUUAAAAAAAAAAUGAUUCAUAAAAGUAGUUUUGUACAUGGCUUAGUUAACAUCGGAUCAAUUAAAAAAUGGUUAUACUAUUUGAUUACUACACCUUUAUAUCAGCACUACAAAAUUACAGUUGAUAAAUCAUUUUUUAUUCAAGAAACACCACUAAUUACACAACAGAACAUAAAUGAAUUUAGCGAAAAUAUUGAUCUUGAAGAAAGCCUUACUGCUCAACAACAAACUUUGGUAUGGAAUGAGGAAAAAUAUUUGCGAUUAGCGCCAGGGCAACAGAAUAUUCCACAGAGUUUAUUAUUCGACGAGCAUGCCGAAGAGCUAUCAUUUCCUAGUAUUUACAUGGGACACUUUCGGAAAUUCAGAGAUACAGUCAACGUUACGCCUUUUAUGAUGGCAUCUAGUGAAUUGCGGCGUAAGGAUCGUCGAGGAGUCGAUCCGUAUCACUUGUUAUAUAUGGCUGUAAAAAUUAUGAGACUGCGAGUUCGUGACUGUUUAACGAUCGCGUUUAAACUUGUUGGUACAGAUAGCACUAUAACCAAGGAACAAGUUCAAUCUGAAGACUAUAUUCAUAACUGCAUGGAGUCAAAUCUAGCUUUCUUACGUUCAAUACCAAAUUCAGUUUGGUAUUGGUCUUCAAGGAAAAAAGAUUUGUUUGCAAUGAUACGGCAGCUAGGGAAGCCAACUGCAUUCAUGACACUAAGCGCAAAUGAAAUAGGGUGGCCGGAUUUAUUAACAUUGCUGUAUAAAUUAGCUGAAGGAAAAGAAGAUGUGCAAAAUCUCAUCGUACCAGAACUCAACUUUAUCCAAAAAAGUUCAUUAAUUAACAACGAUGCUGUAACAUGUGCUAUUCAUUUCAACAAGCUAGUUAAUGUUAUAAUGACGAUUUUACAAUCAAAGAAGUUUAGUCCUUUUGGUAAAUUUAGAGUCAUAAACUACUUUCUGAGGAUUGAAUUUCAACAUCGUGGAAGUCCACACGCGCAUAUUCUUUUAUGGCUUGAUAAUGCUCCCAGCGAUAUUCUUAGAACAGAGCAAAAAAAAGCAAUAGAAAUGAUUGAUAAUUUAGUGUCAGUAUCAACUUCAGAGGCAUCCGGAAAUAUAAAAUUACUUACCCAUAAGCAUACUUUCACGUGCUACAAAAAAAUUAGAUCCUCUUCAGUGCAAAAGUGCCGAUUUGAAGCACCAUUCAUGCCUUGUAAAUCCACAAUGAUUUUAAUACCGAUGGAAAAAACUGAUCCACUUUACAAAAAACAUUUGAUAAGAUAUAAUGAAAUAAGAAUUAACUUAGAAAGUAAUGAUUAUGGCAGUAUUGAUGAUUAUUAUGAAAGUAAUAAUAUCAGAUCAGACGAAGAAUACACAGAUAUUCUAAGAUCUGGUAUUAGUAGGCCAAAAAUAUUCUAUAAACGACAUCCAUCCGAAAAAUGGCACAAUACUUUCAAUCCGUUUGUUUUUAAUGUAUUAAAAUCUAAUAUGGAUUUCCAAAUAAUUACGGAAGAAUAUUCUUGUGCGGCAUACGUGGUUGAAUAUGUAAAUAAGACCAACAGAGGUAUUAGUAGUUUGCAACGUCAGAUAAUAGAAGUUAUGAAUGAAAAUCCCGAAUUUGAUAUUGUUGAAAUAACUCGUAAAAUGAGUGUUGACAUGCUAAAUACCAUUGAGAUGAGUAGUCAAGAAGCUGCUUGGUAUCUUCUACGGUUACCAAUGUCUAAAUCAUCAAUAGCAAUUCAGUAUAUUAAUACUUGUUGGCCUAUUGAACGACAGAGGAUUAAAAAAACACAAAAACAAAUAGAUGAACUGGAUGACGAAUCGACGGAUAUUUGGAAGGAAGAUUGGUAUGAUAAGUAUCAGAAACGGCCAGAAGAACUGGAAGCUAUUUCGUUAGCUCAAUUUGUUUCCAAAUAUACCAAAAACAAGAAGGGGGAAUACGUCAAAAAACAGCAGCCUCGAAUUAUUCGUUAUAGAAAUUAUGACAUGGCUCAGGAUUACAACGAGUACAGAAGAGAAAUGGUUACCUUACAUAUACCAUUUAGAAAUGAAGAUACAGAAAUAUUAGCAGAUAUGAAAUUCACAACUAUCUAUGAUAUACACGAAAAUGAAAUUUUAGAAAAGAGAAAAGAAUUUGAGUUGAAUAUUGAUGUUCAGAAGACAAUUGAUAUAUGCCGACAGUUAUGUCAUGAGGAUGAGCCAAUAGAUAACGAAUCAGAAAUUCGAGACUUGGCUACAAGAUUUCCAGAACCAAACCCUUUCGAAGAAUUGUACAGAAAUCCGGAUGCUGCUGUUAAUGAAGAUUUACGUAUAGCUACACUUAAAAGCUUGGGAGCAAUAGCCAAAAGACGAGAAAACAUCAUGAGUAAUGAUCGUUUUUGCGAGCUGAUGAGAAGUGCAAAUGAAAAGCAAAAAGAUUUGCUUUUACACGUCAUUCAUCACAAUUUAUUGGCGGAAAAGUCUCCUUUACAAUUAUUUUUUACUGGGCCAGCUGGAUGUGGAAAAACCUUCGUAAUAAAAUUGAUAAUGGAAAUCUAUAACAGAUUUUCUGAAAAUGAUGGGUUCUGCAAUUCAUAUAUUACGUGUGCUUCGACUGGUAAAGCUGCAGUAGCUAUUGAUGGAACUACUAUUCAUACUGCAUUAAAAAUAUCGUUAUCAAAACUAAUUCCGUUAUCUAUAGAAAGAGCACAACAAUAUCGAUGCUUAUUUAAAUACGUCAAAGUUUUAAUAAUUGACGAAAUCAGUAUGAUUGGUGCCGAGCUCAUGAACCAAAUAGACGCAAGACUAAAGCAAAUAACUGGAAAUUUUGAUGAAAAUUUUGGUGGACUAGACAUUAUUUUUAUUGGAGAUUUGCGGCAGCUACCUCCAGUCCGAGCAACUCCAAUCUAUAAGCAGUCAAAACAACGGAUGGUUGGACCCUUACUUUGGCGAGGAUUAAAAUUCUACGAAUUAACUCAAAUAAUGCGUCAAAAUAACGAAAUGUUUGCUUCUAUUCUCACUAAAAUUGGUAGUGGUAUAAUUUUAAAUGAUAAUGAAUUGGCCGUUAUCGAGUCCAGAUUUUUUACGAAGGAAGAUGUCUCACAACGGUGUCCAAGUGGUGUACGAUUAUUCCAUGAUAAUGCAUCGGUUAACGCAUACAACAUGCAAGCUCUACAAACUGAAAAUAAAAUAGAUUCAAUUGCAAUAGACGUGAUUUCUGGCUGUACUAAUCAUGAGCAGGAAGCGAAUAUGAGACAAAAAUUGCACAAGAUGUCAGUGAUUGAUACAGGAGGGUUGCCAUACGAAAUUAUUUUUGUUAUUGGCAAACCUUACAUUAUUACAACUAACAUAGACGUGGUAGACGGAUUAGCUAAUGGCGCCGUUGGAAACCUUAUUCAUAUCGAACAAAACGAAGAAAAUCAAGUUACUCGCAUAUGGCUAGUUUUUCCAGAUAAAAACACUGGUACAGUGGCUAGAAGAAAAGCCGCUGCCUUUGUUGCAGAACAUUAUAUCGAUAAACGUGCUGUGCCUAUUGUGCGUCGAACUUCAGCAAUAUCACUCAAUAAUAAUAAAACUAUUGUGGGUAAAAGAAAUCAUUUCCCAUUGAUAUCAGGAUGUGCUAUGACUAUUCAUAAGUCUCAAGGAGGUACUUAUGACGAGGUGGUGUAUGAGUAUAGUAAAAGUCAUAGUAUUCCAUUACUUUACGUAGCUUUAACACGAGUAACGAGUGCUGAAGGGUUGUUUAUAUAUAAUAGUACGGAUGAUUUAAGAUUUUAUUAUGGAAGGAGAGUUGAUCCAUCAGUUUCAAGCUUACAGCACGAAUUUGAAAGAUUAUCUUUAAACCGACUAACUACAUUGCAAGGAUUGAUCACUGAUUUUAUCAACUCCAGAAAUAAAUUAACCAUAUACACUUUAAACUGUCAAAGUCUCAGGAAACAUGCUGCUGAUUUACAAGAUCCUAUUUGUAGAAAUUGUAACUUUUUGUUGCUAACUGAAACAUGGUGUCCUGCAGAUGAAGCAGUUGACGUAUGUAACUUUCAUUGUAUUGCAAAAUUUAAACGACCAAAUGCUAGAGCCGCUGGAGUGGCCAUUUACAAAAACAAUAACACUUCACAUAUUACUACACUCAACAUGGAUCUAGCAGUUCAAAAUGCUACAGAAGUUCAUGUUUCCCAAACAUCUAUUGGUGAUAUGUGUGCUUCACAUGUUAAACUAGAAGACGGAACUGGAGACUUUAAUGCUAUAUUUAAUUCCUGUAAUAAUAUUAUCUUUUAUGCAUAUUACUUGUUUCUCUGUAAAUAUCCUUUCCAGGCUUUUCAGAAAAUACCCUUGGCACCCCCGAUUCAUCCAACUGUGCCUCUUCCCCCACCACCGUUUUGGGGCUCUGGCUGCCAUUUUCCGUCUAUGAGAAAUUCCCCAAACGUGGCGGAGUGGGCCAGCUACUAA